AAACGUUUUGUAUAUAUAAGUAUAUUUAUAAAUAUAAACAAUAAAAAAAUCUGUAUAUAUAGGGGAUGAAAGAAAAGUAUAAGUGGGUGGAAUGUAAUCAUCUACACUUCAACGAUACCGUUUCGAAUCAACACUUCAACGAAAUAGAAUUUAUCAGCAUAAUUAUGACCGAAGAAGAUAUUAAAACCAUCUCAUCAGUAAUCGAUGAAGAAAAAGAAUUUUUCAAUUCCGUUAGUCAAAAUAUCUGGAAUUCACCGGAACUGAGUUUUCAGGAGACAUUUGCUCACAAUAUUCUAACAGACGCUCUUAUAAAAUAUGGAUUUUCUGUUCAGAGAAACUACCUACUACAAACUGCUUUUCGAGCAGAGUUCACUACAGGAGAAGGACCAAGGAUCGCUGUUUUGUUGGAGUAUGACGCCUUACCUGAAAUAGGCCAUGCGUGUGGCCAUAACUUAAUCGCGGAAGCUGGACUAGCUGCAGCAGUAGGAAUCAAAGCAGCUAUGGAAGCUGAUUCAAGUAUAAAAGGAACGAUUGUUGCUUUAGGAACUCCAGCUGAAGAGUCAGGGGGAGGUAAGGUGAAAUUAAUCGAAUCUGGGGCAUUUGAGGGAAUAGACGCCGCUAUGAUGGUUCAUCCAGACAAUAUAAACUGGUUUCAACCAAUCCUUAUUUGCCUUCUCAGUUUGACUGUUGAUUAUAAGGGAAGAGAAUCUCAUGCAAGUGCUUUUCCAUGGGAAGGUGUAAAUGCCCUGGAUGCUGCUGUGACACUAUAUCAAAACAUAGGCUUACUUAGGCAACAAAUGAAACCCUCUUCUCAAAUACGCGCAAUUAUCACGAAAGGUGGGACAGUCCCAAACAUAAUACCAGCGGAAUCUAGACUUGCAAUAUAUAUUCGAGCACCCGUUAAGAAAGAAUUGCUUGAAAUCAAAUCCAAACUUGAAAAAUGCAUCGAAGGAGCAGCUAUGUCAACAGGAUGUGCAUAUACAAUAAAUUAUGACAAAGAAGACAGCUGCGAUGAUCUUGUAACAAAUAAAACAAUGUGUGAACUUUUUACCAAAUUUGCAGAACGAUUUGGAUUAGCUGAUAAUGGUAUGCCCGAAAUUGUUCCUGUCGGAUCCACGGACAUGGGAAACGUAUCAUACGUUGUUCCGUCAAUUCAUCCCCACAUAGGCAUUAACACAAAUUCAAUCUGCCACACUAAAGAAUUCACAACAGCGACAGGAUCACCUGAUGCUCAGUUGCCAACUCUGAGUGCUGCCAAAGCAAUGGCCAUGACUGUUUUGUCUCUGAUGAGAGACCGGCAAAAACUUGAUCAGGCAAAAGCAGAGUUUAAAGAUCACAUGACUGAUCUUUCAUAAACGUGAUGGACAUUCUGUUCAUUGUUAAAUUGUGGAGUUAAUGUUAUUUAAUGUGCUACAAUAAAAUUGUGCUAAUGUAA